AUAUGGUAACUUACCUAUUUACUUUCUUACACUGUAAAUUGUUACCAUGGAAAUCAAGACACACCAUUGGAUUCUUCUGCUCCAUUUCAAAAUGUACAGGAUAGUAUAGAAUAUAGAUGUAUCUGUAAUAAUUGUUUUUGUAUUUGCCUUCUUGUAGACUUGAAGAAAAAGGAUAAACUGAUUCAGGUAGUAUUUUAAAAGAUGUUCUGUGCAAAUUAAACUAAUGAAAUGCCAGACCAUAACAAAUUGUCGCCAGAGAAACAUGAAGCACCAUUCUUUUAUAUAUAUAGGUAGAAAGAGACAUGUAUAUAUUAUUUUGAACUAUCAUGUUGAUUUAUUUGAGUGUUUUUUUUUCUAAAAUGUUAUUCAGCCCAGCCUGUUCGUAACUCAUGGUGGCACACAAUUUCCUUAAGCAUCCAGCUUUUGUGCCUAUAGUCUCAAAAUAAAGAAGUAAUUUUAUAAUUGGGAGAACAGGUCCAAGUCUACUGCUAUGAUUAUUCAAUUGGUCCUUUCUCCUCUCCCACCUGGCUCUCUCCUGCUUCAAUUCAUUGAACCCCUCCAGUCUUGUCCAUCCAAUACCUGCAAAAACUGCCAAAUCCACUUCUUCCUCCAAAAUCAGAAGUGCAAGUGUCUCGGAUAAUAUUUAACUGAGUUUGAAGAAUGGCAGAGAAGAAUCUUGAAGAGCCCGACUCCCCUCUAAUUGCAUCUUUGUCGGCACCGAAAUUCAUGCAAAAUUCUGCAGAGCCUGAGCUAACUGCAGGUACUGAUUGUGAGAACAGUAAUCUUCAGAACAGAGAAACAGCCAACUUUGAGGCAGCAAUGCAGGAAGAACUUCCAGAAAUCUUAGUUGGCAACAAAAGCAAUAUGCAAGAAAUAUCAACAGAACAAAAGGCUCCUAUUAGCGUCUGCGCAACUCCAUCUGAAGUAGACAACAGUGGACUUGUAUCUGCCAGUGAUCCUCAUGCUUUUUCAGUGACCUCUCAGAAUGAUGAUGAAUCAACAGAACCCAGCAGUGAUUCUACCACAAUUCCACCUUCAGAGAAGAACACCCACUCAACUUCACAGACCUCCGACAGGCUGAAAGCAGUGGUCCAACUACAAGAUACACCCCUGCAUAACACUGGGGAUGAUGCCUUUUGUUCCUAUUCUGUGAAGGCUUCAUAUGAGACUUCAGCUGCGACACCAGCAAAGGUGAAAGAAAAGAAGCCACAUCUGAUGCAUCAUUUUAAUGAGCGCCAAAUGAGCUUAAGAGACAUGCGGCAGAAGGCCCCUGCACCUUUGAACAGAUCAAACAGCGGGAAGAACUUCAGAACAGAUAACACCUUUGUCGAUACAACAACCCACAUUGAAUCAGUUAAGGUGGCGGCCUCAAGAUUUGGUGGCAGCGUCAACUGGAAAACUCGUAUAACAGAGCCAGAGCAGGAGAAUGAAAUCGUACUUGAACUUGAUAGGCUGAAGAAGGAAAUUUCAGAAAGUAAACGACAAGCGGAGGCUGUAGAGGCAGCAAAGGUGCCUCUGUCCAAUGAGUAUGAGAAAACAAAGAGGCUAAUUGAAGGAUUGGAACAUGACCUGGAAAAGGCACAAGAGGAGGAGAUAAUUGCAAGGUUGGGUUUGGAGUUAUUUCAGUUAAUAGUACAUGAGAUGCGGGAAGGAGAUACCAGUGAUGGUGGUGUCAUUGGCAGGGAGAAAUUGAAUAUAAUCAAAGAACAGUACAACGCAGUGCUGGCCAACUUAAUGUUAGUGAAGGAUGAGUCCGGAAAAGUGCAGGAGAAUUACGAGACCUUGUUGAUUGAACGGGAUAUUUCUAUCGGGAAAGCUCAGUUAGCCGUUUCAAUGUCUGAAGGUGCUGUAAGGAAGGUUGAGGAGCUCACCGUAGAACUUAACAGACUGAAGGUGGAGUUGGAAUUGGCUCAUUCCACAUGCCAUGAUGCUGAAAAACAUAGUAAAGACACGUCCUUGGCAUGUGAUGAGGAUUCCCUUAAAUGGAAGAGUGAUCUGAGGCAAGCAGAAGAGGAGCUCAAUCAGCUCGCCAAGAAAAUUUCUUCUAUUGAAGAAUUGAAAUCAACACUUGACACAUCAACCGGCUUGUUGCUCAAGCUGAAAAAUGAGCUAGCUGGAUAUGUGGAAGCUAAGCCAAUUGAUAAAGAAGCACAAGGAAAUAUUACUCAAAGAUCUUUACACAAUGAAGUUAUUCUAUCUACACGAGAGUUGGAGGAGUGUCUGAUGAGCGUAGAUAAGGUGAGAGAUGAAGUUUGUGCUCUGAAUGUUGCUGCGGCAUCGCUAAAAACAGAGUUGAUCAAAGAGAAAACGGCACUUGCUACCAUGAAGCAGAUGGAAGCGACGUCAUCCAUCGCUGCUGCAUCUCUAAGGGUGGAGAUUCAGCUAGCACUCCGGGAACUGGAAGCAGUUCAGGCCAAGGAGAAAGAAUCCCGAAAUGGAAUGCUUGGUUUGCAGAAGAUUAUGGAAGAUACAGCCAAAGAAGCUGAUGAGUCUAAGUCCAUCGCAAGAGAGGCACAGGAGAAGCUAAGAAAGGCCAAGGAGGAUAUGGACCAUGCAAAAUCUUGUCUUGAUACUAUGGAAUUCAGGAUCCAGGCAGUUCUAAAGGAGAUGGAGGCCACGAAAGAGUCCAUGAGGCUGGCAAUUGAUGCCCUCAGACCGUUUGACAGUGAGCUUCCAGUGGAUAUCGAGGAACAAGGCUCUCAGAUAGUCACAGUUGACCUGGAUGAAUACCAAUCUCUCAUUGCGAAAUCCAGCAAGGCAGAAGAACUUGUCCAUGAAAGGACGGCUUCUGCAAUUGCACAGGCCAAGAUAGCCAAGGAGUCCGAGUCUCGUACCUUAUCAACACUGAGUGAAACACACAAGGUUUUGGAACAACGAAAGCAGGCAUUGGUUGCUGCCACAGAGAGAGCUGAUAGAGCCACUGAAGGCAAGCUUGCCAUGGAGCAAGAAUUGAGAAAAUGGAGAGAAGAGAAUGAGCAGCGUCGUAAGGCUGGCGAAGCUUUGAAAUCGCAACUUAAUCCAUCAAGCACCCCUGUGAUCAUCGUUGAACGCAGCAGCGACACCAAGAGCACAAGCAAGGAUGAUAGUUACGCCUCGGUUCAUCCACUGCUGGAUAUGUCUGCGAGGAGUACCCCUAAUGAUUCAGCGUUGCUCUCGAAUAAGAAGAAAAGAAAGAAGCUGUCGUUCUUCCCCCGCAUCACCAUGUUCUUCACGAGGAAGAAGUCUAGAGCUGCUAUAUGAACAAAAAUAACUUUGUUUUAAUGUUUUGCGUGAUAGAACUUUGUGGAUAUGUGUAUAUUUGCAAUAAGCGGAUGUGUUGCAUACAGCUUACGCGACUUGUAAUUUAUCUACCAACCUGUUGUAUAUAUUGUACGGAAUUGAUGAUGCAUUUCAUUUUCUAGGACAAGGUAAUCAUCUGUACUGUGAACAAUAGUACCGAAAGAUUUACCCUUUUGUUGUGUUAACCUUUAAAAUUGAGUAUCCACUAUUUUCUCCUUUGGGUA